GCGCCACAGCGCUGUCAGGCCGUGGCCACCGGGACCUUGGGUGUUGUGGGGGACCCUUCGCCUGGGGGACCCUUCGCCUGGGGUCGAAGCCCCCUUUCUUUUUUACCAUCCCAGGGCUUCCGUGGCUACCAUGGCCACUGCCUGGGGGUUGGUCUCUACUCGUUUCGCUACCAGCAGGUUGCAGGAGGACCACAGUGCAUCCUUCAGACACGUGUAGUUAUACAGAACAACUUUCUGGCGUCACAUUUUACCUCACCUCUCAAGAUGACGACGACUCAGUAUGACCUGUCAAACACGCUCCCACCCCACACACUGACCCGGCUGGCACGGGAGUGGCUGGCAGAGGACACACCAAACUUUGACCCUGCAGGGCUGUGUGUGGGGUCACAUGAGGUCGAGGCCAGGUUGUUGUGCAAAACGCCGUGCAGCGUGCUGGCGGGCAGGCCUUUCUUCACUGCUGUCUUCACUGAGCUCAGCUGCACUGUGGAAUGGGCACACAAAGAGGGAGCACAGCUGGGUCCAGAUGCGGUGGCCCAGACUGCUGUGGUCAGAGGCCCAGCAAGGUGCGUCCUCCUCGGGGAGAGACCGGCCCUUAACUGCCUGGCCCGGGCCUCGGGGAUAGCCACCCGCUGCUCCCAGCUACAGAGCAUCGCCAGGGAGGCAGGCUGGCACGGCCAUGUGGCUGGCACGCGUAAAACCACCCCUGGGUUCCGGCUGGUGGAGAAGUAUGCCAUGCUGGUGGGCGGCGUGUCCAUGCACAGACAGGACCUGAGUGGGAUGGUGAUGCUGAAAGACAAUCAUAUAUGGGCAUCAGGGAGUAUCACACAGGCGGUGAGGGACGCCCGCUCGGUGUGUGGCUUCAGCAGUAAGAUCGAGGUGGAGUGCGGCAGCCGGGAGGAGGGCAGUGAGGCGGCCACGGCAGGAGCCGACAUCGUCAUGCUGGACAACUUUAAGCCACAGGAACUCCAUGCGGCUGCCCAGCUUCUGAAGGAGGAGUUCCCGUCUGUGCUAAUCGAGGCCAGUGGAGGGGUGACCCCAGACUCCCUGCCCCAGUAUCUCUCCCCCCAUGUGGACAUCAUCUCUCUGGGCUGCAUAACCCAGGGCUGCCCCGUGGUAGACUUCUCCCUCAAGGUUCAAAAGCCUGUUGCCUUUCCAAUAAUUUUCCAAUCACAGUAACUGGCAAUUCAGGAUAUUUGUUAAUAAAGUGAAAAUAAAAAGCAAUGGUCAAUUUCCUCACUAUUGAUCCUGGAGAUGAUCAAGAGACAAAAAAAUCCAGGAAUGUUACAUGAGAUUUAAAACUGACAUUCAGAGAUGGUGACUGUAUAAUUUCUAUGAUGCGUACAACUAAUUUAUAAAUCAUUAUUAAAACUGUGAAGUAAGACUGUU